GCAGACGGAGGAAAGCGAGGGUUUGUAAUACAAUGCCUGCCACAAGGAACCAGUCUCCUCAAGUUAAAGGGAGACUGACUAGAAAUGCAUCUCCACGACAGUUCGACCAUAGUUUCCAAGACAACAGGACCAGGCAGGCUUCACCAAGAGGAACUGGAAAAACGGAAUCCAAGGCUCCACGAGUGCAAGGGAAUGAAAAAUCUGCUGAGGUCCAGUCAAGGUCAUCACUAAGGAAAGUGGGCAAAUUUGAGCAAGAGAGUAAUGCAAAAUUGUCAAAUGAAAAAUCUGUGCUAAAAUGUAAUGAUGCCACGGCCAGUGUCAAAUCAUCAAAAUUUCAAAGGUCACAAGAUGAUAAUAGUACAGUCGGGUCAAAAGAAAUAGAAAAGGAGGUAAAAGGAACCGAGGACAGGACAGGGAGGCGGUUAACAAGACAGUGCAACGAUGUUCCAGAAUUGCCUGUAGCAGAUACAAAAUCAAAAGUAGUUGAACGGCCAACAAGUAGACGGUCAAUCAGAGUUACAAAAGAAGUUGGCCAUUCCGAAGUUGAGUCGCCAAAGGACAAACUUAACAGUACAGCAAAUAAGGAACCUGUGCUUGAUGAUGAAAGUAAUGAGUCCAGCCUGACCACAAAAAACAGGAUAACGAGUAAGACAAAAGAUGCCAUGCAGAAGACAAGAUCGGGGAAAGAUCAAAUUUGUGAGAAAUAUACUUCAGAAGUGUCACGAGUAGUGGAAAAUUCAGUUUCAAAUGAAUAUGGAGAAGAAAAUGUUGCCCAGAGGAGAGGACAAAAAAGAGGAAAUGAUGAUGACACGACCAACAAAGAGGAGAAAAAGAGGAAAAAGGUCAAGGAAGAAUUUGGUAUGGAGACUGAAGGAAAGAAAGGAUCAGGGAAAACUACAGCUUUAGUCACUGCCCCUGGUGAUGAUACAUUUGCACCUAGAAGAAGUGGCAGAGGUGUGGUUCCUAACCGGCGCUUCAAAGAUAUGGAAAUGAACUUUAGUCCUGCAAGCAAGCGACGUCAAAGUGCUGAUGAUGGUGAAAAAUCCAAAACAAGUUCUUCAAUCAAGAAAAAAACUGACAAGUCUAAAGCCAAGGAAAAAUACACAAAUUCAGAGCCCCUGACAUUACCUAACUGUGAAAAUGAAUUCCACAAUAACAAUCCCGAGCAGAAAGAUGAUAACAACAGUGAUCAGAAAGGUAACCUCCACAGUGUUGAAGUGGACAAGACUGACCAUCAGGAUGUGGUGAUGGAGACAGUGAACACUAACUGGGUGGAGGAGGAGGAGGAGGAGGAGGAGGAGGUUGUUGCUGGCAGUAGAGAACUUGUCAUAGAACAUAUGGAGGAUAAUACAACCACAACCACUGUAAUUUUUGAAUCAGCAAGUGAGGAACAAGCUACUGAGGGGAAUACUGUCUCAGAGGAGCAUAACACACCUGUCCUGGAAGGUGCUGAAGAGUUCGUGAGUGAAGAUAACAUGGGAGAUAUUGCCCAGCAAACAAUGACUCUGCUUAUGAGAGAAAAUGUGUUAGGUAGUUCUGGAGAAAAUUUUGUGGUAACAACUUCAUCUGAAGCAAUCGAUGAAUCCCAAAUGACUAUGGAUGUUAAAACGAUUAAAGAAUCUGAACAAGUCAAAGAAACAAUUGUUGUAGAAGGUACUGUAGAGGCGAUCGGAGAGGAUACUAUGGAAACACUUGUGAAAGAAACUUUGACAACUACCAGUGAAGAGACGGAUGCUCCUAUAGAAACCAAUAAAGACAUUCUGGCAGAAACAGAACAAAAUCUAGAGAAUAAUGUCACUACUACCAGUGGUGAUAAAGUUACUGAAACAAACCAUGGUGACGAGACAAUUAAGAAUCUGGAAAAUUACAAAGUUAUACGAUUAGAAGACAUGGUUCAGGGAUUAGGUGGAAAUUCUAAAGCAUCCCAACUUACUGCAACAGCAGUCACCAAUGUAGAGAAAGACGUUGAUGAGGAAAUCAUACGUAAAAUUCUGUUAUCCAACAAGACUUUUAAAGAUACUGACGAAAUAGAAAUUCAGUUCAUCGGAGGUGAUGAUUCCCAGGGUGAAGUUGAUGAGGCAAACAUAUUGUCAGAGAAAAUUGUUGCAAUGAGAAAUAUAACAAAGAGCAAUAUGUCAUCAAGCUCAACACAGACACCAAUUAUUUCAAGCCGAGUUGCCAACCUGCCUGGGAAAGGGAAAAAGCCAGUUACACCAGUAGAGCCAUCCCGGAUGAAGACAAUUCGAGUAAACAUACAACGUCCUGAUGGGAUAGAAGAGACCAAAGAGCUGGAAACAGAGGAGGGAAAGCCACAAGAGUUUGUCAUUGUCCACCUUCCUGAAGGCACAAAGGUUACAAGGCCACAGGUGAAGGAGGAAAAAGGCGAGGAGACUGUGCCUUUUGACCUGAAUGACGAUGGGGAUUUUGUCUGCGGUGUCUGCGACUACAUAACACCAAAAAAGGCUAAUUGGUACAAACACAAGAAAAAACACAUGGCUCAAAAGCCCCACUGUUGUGGACAGUGUGGUUACCAAGCAGCCACCAGUAGUAACCUGAAGAGACAUCUGGCCAUACACGAUGAUAUUCGCGAUUUCCAGUGUGAAUUCUGCUUCAUGACAUUUAGACAGAAGAUUCAUCUAGAGAGGCAUGUCAAAUACAGACAUGAGGUAAAGAAAGUGAAGUGCCCUCUGUGCGACUAUGUGUGUGCCAAUGAAAAUCCUGACCUUAAAGUUCACAUCAAGAGACGACAUCUCCCCCAGGACUCUCAGGAUGGCUCUCUCCAUGCUUUUGCUUGUGAUGAGUGUGGAGCAAUGGCAGUCAACAGAAAGGACCUAAAACAGCACAUGAAGUUUCACAGGAAGGGUCCAGAGCUGAAAUUGUAUUGUGAGCACUGUAGUUUUGUGACAGAUUGUGAAAGUCGCCUGAGGCGGCAUAUGUUCAUACACACCAACGAAAAACCAUUCCAGUGCGGUCUGUGUGAUUAUCGUGGCACACAGAAGGAGCAUGUCCUCCGCCAUAUGAAGUCGCAGCACAAUAUUGACAUACAGAAAAAAGGUCGCAGCUCUGAUGAAGCGUCGGUGGAUGGUUCAACAGACUCCAGAGAUCUUCUGUUGGACAAAAAACCCUUCAAGACAGACUACAGCAGUCAGGAAAAAAUAUUUGCUUGCAACCAUUGUUCAAUGAAAUUUGCAAAACUUUUAAAUUUGUACAAACAUUUACAUGCUCAGCACAAGGCAAUACUGCCUGAUCAAGGAGAUGAUGAAUAUCUGUGUGUUGUUUGUGAUUUCAGGACAGGCAGUAAAAAGAACUUGUUAGUUCACAUGCGUAAACACAAUGUUCAGGAUCAGACACCUCCGUCACAUGUCUACUCCUGUGUAUUGUGCAGGUACAUGAACCCAAAACGCAGAAAUCUUUUCCAACAUAUGAAAAAGAAACACAACAUCGAGAUUGUGAUGAGGAAUGAUGGUUCUACAAGUUGUUUUCUCUCAGACAGCAGUUCCACUGUGGCAGGUAAGGACGAUAGUGUCCAAAACAUUCUCACUGUCGGUGAUAUUGUCACAACAUCGACUGACGACUCACAGUUACAGAUAGUGAUGGAUGCAUGUGAGAAAAGUGCUGUUCAGGUACAGAAUGUGAUCAAUAUAGAGGACAUAGCUAAUUGUGUGUCAAACCCCCAGUCCAAUAGUAGUAACAAUAUCAUCAUCCUAGAACAGGGGCAGUCUAACACAUUUGUUCAACAUGAGGCAGCAGAAGCGAUCGAGGGGCUCCAAGCACUUGCAGAACAGCCUGGCAUUCUUGAGAGCCAGGAAAUUAUAACAGAUUCGGACAAUCAAACAGUAACUGUAGAAGAGGUGCAAACCUCAAAAGGUCUCGGGGAAAACAUCAUGGAAACAGAAAUUGUUACCAUGGAAACUGAGAUAUUAAAAUCGUUUCAGCAAGAGAAUGCACCAGACGUGAAAAAGGACAAAGAGUCAGACAUACAGUUAUCAGAGGACCAGAUUAUGAACUUGUCUUCUGGUGAUUAUGUUGAGAUUAAUGGUGAGAUGUAUAAGGUUGAGAUUUCAGCAGAAGAUGGAAAUAACACUGAGAAUAGGGUAGCAGAGGGAGAAGAAUUCACCCCGGCACUUGUCCAGGUACCAGAAGAGCAGCAGAUUGCAGUAUCAGAUGAAAAUGCAUUCCAGGAGUUUGUGCAGCUGAUGACCGAGUGUACCGAGGACACCGGCACCCACACCACUCCAGUGGCUAGUCAUACCGCCAGGAGUAGUGAGGUGUUGACAGAGAGUCAGACUGAGGGAACAGCCUUACAGAUCAUUUCAUCAGAUUCCAGUGUUAACGACAGUGGCGGCCACCACACAGUCACUUCAGAUCAUGACAGUUUAACUGUUCUUGCUGAAAUAACAAAUGCAGCUUCUGAAGAGUUCAUUACAAUACAAGGUCGUUCACUUACAGACCAUACGGAACCAACCAAUGUGAUGACCAUAGCCAACAGCACAAGUGUGGACGAUGGCUCGGCAGAUGUAGUGGACAGUCAAUGAAUUGACCACUGACUUUGUUAAAUUUCAGACCCUCUGAUUAUUUAGUAUAUUUCAUUUUAAUUUGUUAUGAGAAAUACUUGAUGGCACAUUUUCUGAAAUUUGAUAUCAGAUAUAAGGACAUCUAGGCAUAUGAUUAAUCAAUUUUUACUUUCUUAAAUUAUUCCCUUAAUAAGUCCAAUUGUAUAUUUCAUGAAAACAGGUAAGUUUGUUAUGUAUGUAACGCUAAACUCAUAUCACAUAUACUUGGGUUAGUAAAAUGGCUAAUAGGCAUCUUUUUUCACAUUGUAAAUUUAUAACAGGAAACAACAUCAUGACACAUGUUCAGUAUACUGUACAUGCAAUAAAAAUUGCAUUAUGAAUAAUCAAAUGAUUCAAUUAAGGAUUAGAAGGAAUGACCCUUUAAAUUUCAAUACUAGUGCGUAUACAGUAUAUUGAUGUACACAUACUGGACAAGUAUCCUUUCUGAAAUCAGUUCUAAUUGGUGAAUUUUUUGUUGAAAAUAUUUACAUUUCCGGGUAUAUUUUGCUUUCAAUUGCGAGUGUUUGUAUAAAUCUCUUAAAUACCUGUAUUUUAUUGUGUCCAGUACUUAAUUAUAGACCUAAUGAACCUUUGGUUGAUUUUGUUCUUUUUAAGGUCGGAAAAUGUAUGACCUGUAGAGAUAACCCUGGAGGGGGCUUCGAUUUUAUACUCUAUUUAAAUUGCUGAAACAGCUGCUUUCUCUUGGCCUCCUGCAGAAUUUUCCCUAGACCUGUCGAAUAAUGUUUCAACCAUAAUCAUAGAUGCUAAUGACUUGCUCAGUGUCUGCAGGUUAUGUCUGGGUUGGAACAAAAAUUAUGAAAUUUCAAGUAAACUUUAACUUAUGAAAAUUAAUCAUGCGUUUGAUAUAUUUACCCUAGUCCUGUAAUGAUGAUAUUUCCCUUUGUAUGGUUUUCUUUCAGGCAGUUUUCUCAGAGAAUUGUGUUGUUUGAAUGAGAUUGUUACUUUUACAUUUAUUUUAACACAUUGUUGAAAGUGAUUAAAAUGUGAAAGAUAUA